GGCAACUUUGUGGGGGCGCUCGCCGCGGCGCUCCGCUUCCUCCCGCUAGUAGUUGGCGCAGGCCCCGCCUCCCGGCUGUGUUGUCAAACGGGCCGGGGUCUCGGAUUGGUCCAGCCUCCGGGACAACACCUGCUCGACUCCUUCAUUCAAGUGACACCAGAGCUUCCAGGGAUAUUUGAGGCACCAUCCCUGCCAUCGCCGGGCACUCGCGGCGCUGCUAACGGCCUGGUCACAUGCUCUCCGGAGAGCUACGGGAGGGCGCUGGGUAACCUCUAUCCGAGCCGCGGCGAGGAGGAGGGAAGGGGCGAGCAAGGAGGAAGAGUGGGAGGAGGGGGAAAGCGGCGGAGGAGGAAGAGGAGGAGGAGGGGCGCACAAAGAAUCCAGGUCUCCCGGCGGGAGGGUGAUACCCAGAACCAUGUGUGCCGAGCGGCUGGGCCAGUUCGUGACCCUGGCUUUGGUGUUUGCCACCUUGGACCCGGCGCGGGGGACCGACGCCACGAACCCUCCGGAAGGUCCCCAAGACAGGGGCUCCCAGCAGAAAGGCCGCCUGUCCCUGCAGAACACAGCGGAGAUCCAGCACUGUUUGGUCAACGCCGGGGACGUGGGGUGUGGCGUGUUUGAGUGUUUCGAGAACAACUCUUGUGAAAUCUGGGGCUUGCAUGGGAUUUGCAUGACUUUUCUACACAACGCUGGAAAAUUCGACGCCCAGGGCAAGUCGUUCAUCAAGGAUGCCUUGAGGUGCAAGGCCCAUGCCCUGCGGCACAGAUUUGGCUGCAUCAGCAGGAAGUGCCCAGCAAUUAAGGAGAUGGUCUUCCAGUUGCAGAGGGAAUGCUAUCUCAAGCAUGAUCUGUGCUCGGCAGCGCAGGGGAACAUCGGUGUGAUUGUGGAGAUGAUAAAUUUCAAGGACCUCCUGCUGCAUGAGCCCUAUGUGGACCUCGUGAAUCUGCUGCUGACCUGUGGAGAAGAUGUAAAGGAGGCCGUCACCCGCAGUGUCCAGGCUCAGUGUGAGCAGAACUGGGGAGGCUUAUGCUCCAUCCUGAGUUUCUGCACCUCCAACAUACAGAGACCUCCCACCGCAGUUCCUGAGCAUCAGCCCCUGGCGGACAGGGUCCGACUCUCCAGGCCUCACCACCGGGACACAGGCCACCACCUAUCAGAAGCCAGCAGAGGCACCAAGGGUGAGCGAGGGAGCAAAAGCCACCCAAAUGCCCAUGCCCGAGGUGGAGCAGGUGGCCAGAGCGCCCAGGGACCUUCUGGAAGCAGCGAGUGGGAAGACGAACAGUCUGAGUAUUCCGAUAUCCGGAGGUGAAAUGAAAACCUGGCCACGAAAGCUUUCCUCCAGGCCGUCCAUUUUCUUACCUAUGGACAUUCCAAACAUUUACCAUUAAAGAGGGGGUAUGUCACACGCAGGAUGUGUGCGAAUUAUGGACUUCAUGCAGGUGUAUGAACAGGUGAGACGGAGACUCCAGGGCGGCAGGGUCCCAGGUGCCUGGUGGAUUGGCACCUACUUAAGCUUAUUCAAAGGAGUGCUGCCCUGAGUCCGCCUUGUAACUUUGUCCCUUUUGGUCUGUGGGAGCUAGUGGGUGGCUGAGGUGUGCUCUGUUGGGGGGAGGUCAGACGGGGAAGGGAGGGGCCACACAUGGGUGCCAGGCCCUACCCUACAGUUUCCAGUGCCAUCUGCAGGAACCAGGGCACCUGGGUUCCGGGGCAGGAGUGAGUGGGAAGUGUAGCUGUUAAGGAAGAGGAAGAACAGAGAGGAUGCUGGGGCUUAUCCAUGCUUGGUGCCAAACUGAGUUAGUGUCAUGUGUGGGACCUUGUGUUUCAGAGCUACUGGAAGGGACGUGGGGUAGUGCAUUUUCUGUGUGUCAUUUCUGAGCCAUUGUUCUGUCGGGGGGACACCUGAAGGAGUGGCCCCUGUCUGUUAAUUUUGACCACUGCUUCAGAUCUCAAUUUAACUUUUUUUUUUAAACCCAUUGACAUCUAUACGUCUGUCAUCUAAAUAAAUGGCUUUCAAACCACACAACUGGGUCACCAAAACCAGCUCAAAGGAGGAAGAAAACGAACCCCAGCCCAUCUCUGGAGGGGAAAUUGUUGUAAGUUCUAGUUUAAAAAGAGCUGAAAUAGCACUAUCCCCACGUGGGCUUCUACCGCCUGGAACAGACGGAUACCUAGAGGGAAAAGCACAUACCAGGGGUCCUUUCCUUAGACAGCCAGCCCCUAGAAUUGUACUGUCUCGACUUGACCUCAGCCAAGUCCUAUGGGACUGCACAUUGAAUCCGUGUGGCCAAGUUGAAAACCAGCCUCUGCAUGCCAGAAAGAGAGAAAGGCAUGGAGACCACUAAGGAAAUUGCCUUUGGGGAAUGCCACCCUCUGCAUACUUGGGCAAAUAGCUUUACUCUCUAAGAGACAGGGCCUUCCACAGCCAAAGCAGAAAUUCAGCAACAAGGACCGAAGUGGGUGGACGAAAGGAAGGCCAAAGGGGUGAGAAGGGACUUGUGGCAGCAACGGCACUAAGAUCUUCCUCGGGCUGUCACAGUUUCUGCUUUUGCAGCCAGCACACACAGCAGCCAGUGCCGUAGGAGUACGGGGUAUCCUGGACCGGGUCUCUAGAGCAAGGCUCAGCCAGCUUUUUCUAGGAAGGGCCAAAUAGUAACUAGAGAGUCUCAGUUCGGCAAGCCACAUGGUUUCUGCUGCUGCUAGCCAGCCCUGCCCUGACGGCACAAGCGCACCCUCGGCUGCACAACUGAAGGGCUGGGCUCUGUUCCGCCACGGUUUUCUUCAACAGGCACCCAGCUGGACUUGGCUCACAGACCGUACACAGCAUGCUCCCUGUUGUAGGGAGUGGGGAUGAAAAGCAUGCAUUCUGCCUUACCCAGCUACUCUAGUUCUCUCUGGAAGGGCCCUGAGGCCAGAGACAGCCACACUGCUCUAGCACUUCCCUGAAGUGGGCUGGUGUCUGUCUCUACAGGCAGGAUCCGAUGUCAAUCUCUCAUAGGCUAUGCUUGAA